ACCCAGCCUCUUGCCAAACUUUCUCGGCGCCGGCUCGGCUCGGCUCUGAGUCGCGUUUCUGAGCAGAGUGUCCGAGGGACGAGGACCCAGGGCUUCGGCUGGCUGCGGACUGUCUGCUCCUCUCAGCAGGACUCACGGAGAGUUUUUUCCCUGGAAUCGGAACCCUAAUCCUCCCUCCCCAGCCCGAUCGGGCGAGGAGCUGCGCUCGGCCAGUGGAGGCAGUGCCUUUCCGAAACAGCUUAUCUUUGGACGGAUUUCUUCGAAAGAAAAAGAAACCAACAGGUUGCCAGCCCCGGCGACGCACACCAGUCGGAGAGGGAAGCUGUAGGUCGGCUCUCUUGCCUGCGUGGACCCCGCUGCGGGAGGCAAAGGGAGGGACGGGGCAAUGGCUCGGCCUGACCCGUCCGCGCCGCCCCCGCUGCUGCUGCUGCUUCUAGCGCAGCUGGUGGGCCGGGCGGCGGCCGCCUCCAAGGCCCCAGUGUGCCAGGAGAUCACGGUGCCCAUGUGCCGCGGCAUCGGCUACAACCUGACGCACAUGCCCAACCAGUUCAACCAUGACACGCAGGACGAGGCGGGCCUGGAGGUGCACCAGUUCUGGCCGCUGGUGGAGAUCCACUGCUCGCCGGACCUGCGCUUCUUCCUGUGCUCCAUGUACACGCCCAUCUGCCUGGAAGACUACCACAAGCCGCUGCCGCCUUGCCGGUCAGUGUGCGAGCGCGCCAAGGCCGGCUGCUCGCCGCUCAUGCGCCAGUACGGCUUCGCCUGGCCCGAGCGCAUGAGCUGCGACCGCCUCCCAGUGCUGGGCCGCGAUGCCGAGGUCCUGUGCAUGGAUUACAACCGCAGCGAGGCCACCACGGCGCCCCCCAGGCCCUUCCCGGCCAAGCCCACGCAACCAGGCCAGCCAGGGGCGCCGGCCUCCGGGGGCGAGUGCACAGCCGGGGGCCCGUCGGUGUGCAAGUGCCGCGAACCCUUCGUGCCCAUCCUGAAGGAGUCGCACCCGCUGUACAACAAGGUGCGGACGGGCCAGGUGCCCAACUGCGCGGUGCCCUGCUAUCAGCCGUCCUUCAGCCCCGACGAGCGCACGUUCGCCACCUUCUGGAUCGGCCUGUGGUCGGUGCUGUGCUUCAUCUCCACCUCCACCACGGUGGCCACCUUCCUCAUCGACAUGGAGCGCUUCCGCUACCCCGAGCGCCCCAUCAUCUUCCUGUCCGCCUGCUACCUAUGCGUGUCGCUGGGCUUCCUCGUGCGCCUGGUCGUGGGCCAUGCCAGCGUCGCAUGCAGCCGCGAGCACAGCCACAUCCAUUACGAGACUACAGGCCCAGCGCUGUGCACCGUCGUCUUUCUGCUCGUCUACUUCUUCGGUAUGGCCAGCUCCAUCUGGUGGGUCAUUCUGUCGCUCACCUGGUUCCUGGCGGCCGGCAUGAAGUGGGGCAACGAGGCCAUCGCGGGCUAUGCACAGUACUUCCACCUGGCCGCGUGGCUCAUCCCAAGCGUCAAGUCCAUCACGGCAUUGGCGCUAAGCUCUGUGGACGGUGACCCGGUGGCUGGCAUCUGCUACGUGGGCAAUCAGAACCUCAACUCGUUGCGUGGCUUCGUUCUGGGCCCGCUGGUGCUUUACCUGCUCGUGGGCACGCUCUUCCUCCUGGCGGGCUUCGUGUCGCUCUUCCGCAUCCGCAGCGUCAUCAAACAGGGCGGCACCAAGACGGACAAACUGGAGAAGCUCAUGAUCCGUAUCGGCAUUUUCACGCUGCUGUACACAGUGCCGGCCAGCAUCGUGGUGGCCUGCUACCUGUACGAGCAGCACUACCGCGAGAGCUGGGAGGCGGCCCUCACCUGCGCUUGCCCGGGCCCCGACGCUGGCCAGCCGCGCGCCAAGCCCGAGUACUGGGUGCUCAUGCUCAAGUACUUCAUGUGCCUCGUGGUGGGCAUCACGUCGGGCGUCUGGAUCUGGUCGGGCAAGACCGUGGAGUCGUGGCGGCGCUUCACCAGCCGCUGCUGCUGCCGUCCGCGGCGGGCUCACAAGAGCGGCGGCGCCACGGCUGCCGGGGACUACGCCGAGGCGAGCGCGGCGCUCACGAGCAGGACCGGGCCGCUGGGCCCCGCCGCCGCCUACCACAAGCAGGUGUCUCUGUCGCACGUGUAGGAGGCCGUGGCGUUUGGGGGGGGGUUGUUUGGUAGCUUUGCCAAGGUCACUUCCGUUUACUUUAAUGGUGCUGAUGCCGCCUCCUGGGGCAGCUUGGAGAGUGGGAAACGGUGCAGUUUCAAGGGAGUACCUGCCCCAGGACUUCUCAGAGGGGCUCAGCUCACUUGUAUUCUAUUUUGCGUUUCUUACCACCUUCUUUAGGGGAACCUUGUUUUUAAUUUAUAUGUAUUUUGCUUAAUGUUUAACUUUGUUGCAUUUUGGCAACAAAAUUUACCUUUGCUUUGGGGGCUUUACAAUCCUAUGGUUGGCAUUAUAAUGAAGUUCCACUUGGUUCAGGUUUUUUUGAACUGUGUGAUCCAAAUUGGGAAAAUACAUUUCCUAUACGUGUCUUUAAAAAAAAAAGUGUACAGUUAAAGUUUGGGUUGCCAUGUCUGGAAAGUUGUUGGAUGUGCUUUUUCAGCUAGUUUCUCCUUCCACUGCUUAAAGUGUCCAAGAUGCUUUUUAAGGUGAGCUGCUUGUCCCUGUUUAUUGUUCCAAAAUCAGGAGAAGCUCCAGGUCAUAACAAGGAGGGGAGCGUAGCGUGUUUAGGGCCUUCCAAAAGUGGCAAGGUUAGGGAGUGUUUAGUGAUUUUUGUGUUCGUCCUUAGCUUUGUUUAGCGAGCUUCAGUUUCUUUUCUGUAGUUCUUAUAAUCAUUCUCAUUUUUAACAGUGCCAGCAUUGUGUUCUGAGUAAGUUAGAGGUAGCAUUAUAAAGGGCCCGAUAUAAAUAUUUGGAAUAGUGAGAACCUAAGGGACGGUGGUGGGUCAAGAUUGAAUUCUAAACUGGGGAGUUGGCAGUUUUGUGCCAGAAAAGGAGUGGGUGGUUCUUAAUAAGCUUAAGUGAUCCUUUUUUUUUUUUAAAGGGAACUUGUGUUAUACUUUUGGUAAAAGUAAACCCACUCCUUACUUCUGGAAGUACUUAGUGAUAGUUGCUAAAAGGAGCUCCUUUUUACAUUUAAGGACUAAAAUGGAUAUAACUCCAGUAAUUAAAUUUCCAACACUUAUCUGCUCCACACCCACACACCUCCUUUAUCACGUUAAACAGUCAUUUUGCUUUUCUUAUUCCUCCUCUCCUGGAGAGCUGUGAUUAGAAACCACACCCACCCUAGAAGGAGGUGCUUGAACCUGGGGAUAGGGGAGGGAGGCUGGCUUCAUACCUGUGAACAAACAUUGGCCACCAUGAGGGAAAAUAAGUGUCCCUGGACUUUGGACUAGUUUACAGACAGAUAUUUCAAAAGCAGCAAGACAUUGCUCUCUACAGUCUCCGAAAACAAGUGAGACACGUAACACUUGCAUAAGCUUUUAUUUUUUCAAAUGGAUCAGUGUAAUGCUACAGCUCAAGAGGAAAGCUCCUAUUUCUCCCUACUUCAAUACAUUUUCUUUUCUUUGCAAUUAGAGAAUUCUGUUUGCUCCCCUAAUCUUUUUAACCAUUCCUGCAUUCGUAUAUGAAAGCUUAUAUAUUAAUGAACACACACAGGUUUCUUUGCUGUUAGAAAAUUCUGUUUGUUUUCCUAAUGUGUUUAACCAUUCAUUCAUGAAGAACAGGAGGCCAUUACAGGGGAAGGGGGUGACGGUGCAUGGGCCAGCAAAAUACCAGUGUAAUUUUGGGACCAGGAAUGAGUGGGGGCUAAAUUUAGGAAGCAUGGCCAAAAGCAGUUAGAAUUGGAGAACGCCUCCCUAGGAAAACAACUGGAGUCUAGCCAUUUGCACUUCAUUUAUACCAAAGUUGCAAAGUAAAAUUUAAGCCCAGAUCAAUUUCUACUUCAUGGAUAUUAAGUAGAUAAAUGCGUGGUUCCCACUGGGAAUGUAAACAUCUUUCUGAUGGGGAGAGGACUGGUAUUACAAUUUUAACGACUCUCAAAAGCUGUUCACAUGUAUAAAAGUGCAGUGCUUUUAUACACUUAUCCUCUGAUUCAAAAUUAAAAUUUCAGUGGAUUCAAAAAACCUAGUAUACAUAGCUACAAAACUUUCUGCCUAUCUUAUUCUGCUUAUUCAGAAGCUUCUUCCUAGAACCUUGCAGUAGAUCUUGGCUGGGGACCAAUUCCUCUCCUGUUUUUUCAAAUGAAGUCUUCUUCUAAUCACCUUGACCUCUGCCCACAUUUAGUGUGUCUUCCCAGUGAGUACAUAGAUUGUUCUGCUUCCUUCUGCAGUCAUUGUGCCUAAUUUGGACUGUCCCUCCUUCAUUCCUUUUGCGGAGAAAUCUAGGAACCAUGCAGAGUGUAUCUAAAAGUUGUGAGAUGAAGUGGUCAAAAGUAAUUUAAUUCUUCAUUUAAAAAAAUGUUUUUUACAUUAACGUGCCAAACCAGAUACACUUAAAAAUGAAGACAGUCAAAACAAGACACUAAGGUCUCCCCUUUGGGAUCUAAUUCUGUAUGUUUGUGAACUGGUCAUUACUCCAGACCAGCUCUGAGAGGUGCCUCUUUGUUUUCAGUCUCUAACCUCACCCCUGCUCUUUCUCUCCCUUCCCUCAUCCCCUAAAGGAGAUAAAGCCCACCUGCUUCCCUAAAGUCUUACUAAUGUCAGCCACCCCACCCCCUGCCCAGGGGAGAGAAGCCAAAUCUGUUUAUGGUCACCCCUAUUUCCAUCCCAUGCACUGUUUUCCCCUGAUUUUUGAAUGUUUAAUUAUGAAAACAAUCCAUACUCAUGAAAACAAUUAUAAAAUGAAAGGUUGAAGGGUAGCUUAGCAACUUCACAGCUGGCUUUGCAGAGUUGGAGAGAACAUGGGGCCCAGUUUAGUCCCAGAUGUACUAAGAGCUGUCCCUUUCACAGUUCACUUUUACACAACAUCUCACCCAUACGGGAGGUGUGAGGAUUUGGAUAGAAGCUUGUCUAAUGGAACGCAUCAGCUGACCGGAUUUUAGGAAGCCUGUUUAAUUUAUAUUAUUUUCCUCUUCACAUUUUGAAAUUGUCUAAAUUGGCUAGAAAUAAUUUUUCUGGGUGCCUUAUUGGUUUAUACUUUCAAACCUUUGUCAUAUUUUCAUGUGACUAUUUCCAGUGAC